AUGUCUACAACAGGCACUGAUCAUGAUGCUAAACUGUAUAUAAGCAAUCCACAUUCACGCAGAGUCACAGUCCGUGUUAGGUCCUCUCCAAAACUAAAUAUCGAUGCCUUGUAUAGAGUUGAUUGCGGGACAGUAAGAACAAUCCGCCUGUCGAGUGCGUUUGGAGCACAAGAAGGCACAUCUAUAGAGCCAAAGGGCGUCCUCGUGACCUCCGAUAAUGAAGUAGCUUUAAGCUGUGCAAACGUUAAUGACGACUCGUAUGACGCGUUUUUGGCGCUUCCAACAGACGUCCUCGGUACACAUUACCACGCCGAUACGUACUACCCAUGUGGCGAUGCCUGCCAAGCCCUUGUCGUAAGUGUCCACAAUGCCACUAAGGUUUCGAUCACAAUGGGGUCAUCUCUUGGGAACGACACUGUCGAAUACAACGGUACAAGAUAUGCUACUGGAGAUACAUUAAAUGUGGUCCUGAACCAGUACGAGAUGUUCCAAUUUCAUAGUCUCGGAGAUCUAAGUGGAACGCACAUAGUCUCGAACAAAGUUAUCUCAGUGUUCAGUGGGAACAAACACACAUCCGUGGGAAGUAAAACGUCUUAUAAAACUAAUCUUGUUGAACAGCUGACCCCGGUGAAAACGUGGGGUAAAACUUUUGUUUUAGUUCCCACCCCUGAAACCUAUCAUUCAUCUUUCUUCCGGUUUCUUGCAAGUGAUGACUCUACUGCAGUGCGGAUACGAGGCGAUUGUUUUUUCAAUCUUAACAUGACAAAAGCAGGGGAAGUGGCGCGUAUAGAGGUUCCCUUACACUCCAACUGCUAUGGUGUAGCUAACAGGCCGAUACAGGUUGUGAAAUACACUCAGGGACACUAUGGCCUCGUGGUGGUUGACAACCCAAGUAUGAUCCUUAUUCCUCCAACCGAACAGUUCAGCUCAACUUAUACCUACGGAAAUGCGGGAGAAAGCCGUGCAGUCUAUUUAAUCUUGAUUCUAAAGUCUGAAGAUUUGGAUGGCCUCCGAUUUGACGGAAAGAUCUUUUCGUCGAGUUCCGCCAGGAUUGAAAAUAUAAUGGAGAUUAAAUUAAUGAUAGUUCAAGUACUUGUGUCAUCGCAUCAGGCUCACACUGUUCGACAUAUCUCGCCCAAUGUCACGUUUGGUGGAACUAUUUAUGGGUUUUUCUAUGGAUAUGUCACCUAUGGAUAUCCGAUAGGAAUGCGGAUGGUUGCCAUCAACAACCCAUGUGAGACGACAGUACCGGAAGUUGGAGACGGGAUUGACAAUGACUGUGACGGGAUGGUGGACGAGGAGCUGUGUGGAGUAGACAGUGAAGCUGCAGUGUAUUCUAAUGACGUUACACUUGGCAACAGGAAAAAACGCCAUUAUGAAUCGGCUGCUCAGCGCAAUUCUAUCGUUUUCCGAUAUGAUCUGGUAAAGUUUGCUUCAAAAGAUGUAAACAAGUGUGAUGAUUAG